UUUGAACUACAGCCAUUAGUCAGUAGUAGAAGGCUCGUCGGGUGACUGGAGUGACGUUAUGCUAGCUAAUUGCUAACUAUCUGGAUUUCAUCAGAAUUCACGGGAAAAUGUCAUCGUUUUGGGCAUGCUAGUCAGCUGCGAGUCGCAAUUACCUAUGUUUCGUGUAAUUACCUGGCGGCCCGUCAUAGAGUUGACUGCAGGCGGGAACUUGUUGGAUGAUUCUCCUGACUUAGCGCCUGAAGGGCCCUCAAUCCGCGGUGCUCGGGUGACCGACAACAGGGGAUCGCCGCCUUUUGAGAGCGAGAGAGCUUCCUGGUUUUACUGAUAACCAGCGACUUGGUGCACCAAAAGCCUCCUCUGAACAUGCCCCGCACAAGACCCCCUCCUCGAUGGCGGAACUGUCCCAGAAGAGGACAACCUGUAGCAGGUAAAUUCCUGCCAAUGAAAACAAUGCUGGGUCCCAGAUAUGAUGAUCAAGUUCAAGAGGAGAACAGGUUUCACCCGAGCAUGCUGUUUGACUAUUUAAAAAGUCUAAAAGUGAAAAUGGGUUUGCUGGUGGAUUUGACGAAUACCACACGUUUCUAUGACCGGAAUGAUAUUGAAAAAGACGGCAUAAAAUACGUGAAGCUACCGUGUAAAGGCCACGGGGAAUGCCCUUCAAAAGAUGUGACUGCAAAGUUCAUCAGGCUCUGUGAACACUUCAUCGAGAAGAAUCCUGAAGAAUUGAUAGGAGUUCAUUGCACGCACGGCUUCAACCGCACGGGCUUUCUGAUGUGUGCUUACCUGGUGGAGAAGAUGGACUGGAGCAUCGAAGCAGCUGUGGCUGCCUUCACCCAGGCCCGGGCCCCGGGGAUCUACAAGGGCGAGUACCUCAAAGAGCUUUUCCGUCGCUAUGGCAACAAGGACGACGCGCCCCCCGCUCCCGAGCUCCCCGCGUGGUGCUUCGACGAUGACAACUACGUUGGCCAGGAGUCGGGCCCCAGGUCCUCCGGGUCAGUGGCCCGCAAACAAAAGAAAAAGAAGCUAAAACAGGAUGAAGUAUUCCUGGAGGGCAUCACGGUGAAAGGCGUCUAUAAAAAUAAAAGGCACAUAUUUUUUGAGUGAUAGCUGGCUGAGGAUUUAUGUGAACGGGGAGAAUAUUAUUUUGUAAAAUUCCUAAUUGUUAAAACAUUUGUAAAGUGCUUGACACAAUGAUAUGUUACUCAUUGUAAUCUUACAACUUGGCAUCACAUUUUAACAAUGACAUGAACUUUGCAUGAGCUGCUUAAUUUGAUAUUAUUGUUUUUUCACAGUAAAUUUUGAAACAUGAAUGAUAUAGUAUAGUGUUUGUUGUAUAAAAUGGGGCACAGAUGGCUUCAGAACUGCAUUAAAGCUUUUUACAGACAUGAUCUAAUGUAUUAUCACAUAUUGAAAGAAUGUUACAUUUGUUUAAUAGGUGCAACUGUAUAACUUACCAACAGACAUUGUAACACAGAAUACAUAUUCAGUAAUAAGUUGGAAAACUGACUUUAUAUUUAUUUAUUUUUAACAUAAGCAGUUUUUUUACAAACCAAACUGCAUACAUAUUGUAUUGUAAAACAUUUGAGUGACAAAGGAUGAUAUGUCUUGGGAGUAUAUUAUACAUUUAUGAAUGGGCAAACAAUUAAAUCACAACAAUAGAGUACUGCUAGGAUUUAACAUAAUAGUUGGCAUAACAGUAGCCUACAUGUUAAAAAGGAUGACGGAUAAAUGUGUCAAGGUAUUAAUAGAUUUAUGCUUUAUGACAACAACUUGAAAUAUUGGAAAGUGGUCAAAUAAAUAAAUCUUCCGAGUACAGUUUACAAAUGCA